AUGCUUCGCCGCAAUGUUUCUUUCAUCACCUCAAACUCGCUGCGCAUCACAAUCAUCUCAACCCUCCGUCAAAAAUCAAGCGGCGGAAGAAGACCAAAGAAGAAAACAUACCACAGAGUUCCCGAACUCGACAGAGUAAUGGAGCUUCGUAAGACACCAACUACAAUCCUCGAACUCAAAUCCAUAAUCCAAUCCCAACCCAAAAACAACCCUCUCUUCCUCCGUGACCUCGAGAAAAAUGUCGGCUUUGUUCGCAAAUGGGACUUCAUGGCCCUCAUUGAAAAACACCCCACCAUUUUCCGCGUUACAGGAUCUCCCCCUUUCGUUCAUUUCACUGAUAAGGCCCGCCGAGUGGCCCACGAAGAAUCCCGGGCCCGAGUUUUGAUGGAGCCGAUUUUGGUUAAUAAUCUUAGGAAGAUGCUUAUGCUUUGUGUUGACUGUAGGAUUCCACUUGAAACGGUUGAGUUUGUUGGGCCUGAGAUGGGUUUGCCUUGUGAUUUUAAAGGGUGUUUGAUUGAUAAGUACCCUCAGUUCUUUUCUGUUAGGGCUUUCAACGGAAGGGAUUAUGUUUAUUUGGAGGAUUGGGAUUCUACUUUGGCUGUUACUGCGAGAGAAACUAGGUUGGCACGGGAAGGAGUUGUUGCGAACAUGAAACCAAGCGUGGAUACGAAGGUGAAGAUUUCAAGAGAUGGAAACUAUGCUGGUCCAUUUGCAUUUAAAGUGAACUUUCCUGCUGGUUUUAGGCCAAAUGUUAAUUUCCUUGAACAGUUUGAGCGGUGGCAGAAAUUGGAGUUUCCUUCACCUUAUUUGAAUGCAAGAAGGUUUGAUACUGCAGAUCCGAAAACUCGAAAACGGGCCUUGGGGGUGAUUCAUGAGCUCCUCAGCUUGACCAUGGAGAGGAGGAUGACAUCUUCCCAGCUAGACGCAUUUCAUGCAGAGUGUUUUUUGCCGUCACAAUUGCUUCUUUGCUUAAUAAAGCAUCAUGGGAUAUUUUACCUCACUAAUAAAGGUGUAAGGAGUACUGUUUUUCUCAAAGAUGGUUAUGUUGGUUCGAACUUGAUAGAUAAGUGUCCUUUAUUGCAAUUUAAUGAUAAAUUUGUGGCACUCUGUGGUAGACAAAAUGUUGAUUUGUGGGACAUCAAGAGUUCUUUACAAGUUGUUGUUUAG